UAACCCAGGCUGAUUGCUACGUGUCAUUGUGGCUGCCGACGGCGACAUGUGAAAAGUCCCGCACUAAAACUGUGAGAAACUCCAACAAUCCGGUGUGGAACGAAACCUUCUACUUCAGGAUCCACAGUCAGGUCAAGAACGUGCUGGAGCUGACAGUGUAUGAUGAGGAUUUUGCUACUCCAGAUGACCAUCUCCUGUGUGCGCUCUUCGAUACUGCUAAACUUCCAAUUGAAAGAACAGUGGUCCUGUAUUUUAAGCCCAGCCCACAGGCCAAGGAGGAGCUAGAAGUUGAGUUCAAAUUGGAGGCCGCUUCUGGUCCUCAUGAAGCCAUUGCUACCAAUGGAGUCCUAGUGUGUCGUGAACUUUGCUGCUUGGAAGUUGAAGUGGCAGAGAAGAAGCAGCAAAAAUCAAAGAAAGAGCUUUCCCUCACUGUGAAGGGCUCCUUUGAGAGGACACAGGAUAUCACGUUGGGCCCCGACGGAGUGGUCAGCCCAUCAGGUUCCACCAAGUUCCACUAUAUCAAGUACACGAAUCCAACACUGGACGUCAUGUUGCCAAAGAAGAAGCGCUACCACCCUUGGAACUGUAAGUACAGUACAGAGACGGGCUCCCCAGUGGUGAUGCUGAAUUCGCUGACCAUGGGAAGGAAAACGACCAUUGCAGAGAGAACUUUAAAAGCAGUUGUUUUUUUGUAUCUUGAUUUACAAUGGAAACUGGCUUUUGCAGCUCCACCCAACUCAGUUCCCCUUGCAUGUCUUCAUUUACAAAUACAUAAUUGUUCGUGCCACCAAGAUCUGGACAUGCGCUUUGGAUUCAGCUUAUGUUCAGAGGAGAUGGCUUUCCUGGGGAAAAGAAAGAGAUAUGUAGCAAGUGCCCUGAAAAAUGUUUUUCACCUGCAACAGGAUCUGCAGGAUCAUGAAGUCCCCGUUGUGGCUAUCAUCACAACAGGUGGAGGACUGAAGUCAAUGACAGGACUAUACGGCAGCCUCAUGGGACUCAAGAAAUUAAAUCUCCUGGACUGCGUAACAUACAUCAGCGGGUUGUCCGGCACCACGUGGACCAUGGCCAACUUAUACAGAGAUGCCUACUGGUCACAGAAGGACCUAGACUGGCAUAUUGGUGAAGCCCAGAAACAAGCAACCAAAUGCAAGAUGGGCUGUUUCUCUAUGGAUCGCAUGAAGUACUACAACAAGCAGCUUUGUCAGCGGAGAGAAGAGGGAUACAGGACAUCAUUUAUAGAUCUUUGGGGGCUCAUGAUUGAGUACUUACUAAAUGAUGGGAAAGACCCCCACAAACUUUCAGACCAGCAAGAAGCACUGUGUGAUGGCCAGAACCCGCUACCCAUCUAUGUGUCAGUCAGCGUCCGGGAUAGCUACAGCACCAAUGAUUUCAAAGAGUGGGUGGAGUUCACCCCCUAUGAGGUGGGACUGCCGAAGUAUGGUGCCUUCAUUCGCACAGAGCAUUUUGGAAGUGAGUUCUUCAUGGGACGUUUGUUAAAAAAGCUCCCCGAAUCCCGGAUCUGCUACCUUCAAGGUAUGUGGAGCAGUAUAUUUUCGGUGAACCUGUUACAAAUAUGGGGACUGUCCCACAGUUCAGAGGACUUCUGGAAGAGAUGGACACAGGACAGAAUAGAAGAAGUUGAUGAAGAUCCGGUGUUGCCUACAAGACCUCAUGAGCUGAGGACUCGCAUGUACACUCCUCCCGGUCCCCUGUCCAGCGCCCUUCGGGGAGCAUUGACUGACCGCUUCUCCGUUGCCCAGCACCACAAUUUCCUGAAGGGCUACCAGCUGCAUAGCAACUACCUGGAGAAUGCACACUUCUGUAAAUGGAAAGACACUGUGUUAGACUCACGUCCCAACCAGCUGAUGCAAAAUUCCGAUCACCUGGGCAUGAUAGAUGCUGGAUUUUUCAUCAAUACCAGCAGUCCACCACUUUUAAGGCCACAGAGGAAAGUGGAUGUCAUCAUAUAUUUAAGUUAUACUACUGGAUCUCAUACAUCGGCUUUAGAUAAGACGUGCAAAUACUACUCACAGCAGAAAAUCCCAUUCCCCAAAAUUUCUUUGACUGAUGAAGAUAAGAAGAAUCUGAAGGAGUGCUACAUCUUCCAAGACUCAGAUUUGCCAGGAUGUCCGAUCGUGAUUUUUCUUCCCCUUGUGAAUGAUACCUUCCGAGAGUACAAAGCACCCGGUGUCAAGCGCUGUUGCUCAGAGAUGGAGGGAGGACAACUUGAUUUGACCAGUCGCUUUUCCCCGUACUGCAUGUUCUCAGUCAGGUAUACAGAUGAGAACUACCGUCGACUCCUGAACCUCAGUGAAUACAACAUCCUGAACAACUCACAGAUGAUUAUGCAGGCCUUGCAGACAGCAAUGCAAAGAAGGCAAAACAUGUGCUAA